AGAAGAGUGUUGUUCCCCGCCAGCCAUCCAGCGAGGCAGUGAGGCAGGUGAGAUGGUCGGCACAGCUGAUGAGUGAACGGCCACCCUGGGCCAUCCCCAGCACUACCGCCGCCACCGCCUCCUCCACCUCCACCGCAGCCAGGUGUCUCAGAAGAGAGCUACAUCCUAAGGAUUGAAAGAGAUGGAUGAAGAACUGCAGUCCAAGGAUGAAGUACUACCAUGCUAGAGUGUUUCUGUGGUGGUUCUUGAUGAUGGGAGCUGGCUGCUUUGGAGGGACUGGGCAUUUGGCCAGCCCUGACCUCAAUGUUGUAAGUGUGGGAGGCACGGCUGUGGAAAACUGUGAGAUAUUCUGUAAUACUAAGAUCCUUCAUUAUGUGCAGCGGGCAAGAGUUCUUAACGAUAGUAAGGUCUUUGUUGAUCUGAAGCUUAAGGGAUCACCAGAAGAGGUUGAGAGCCGAUUUUUUGCACUUCUGAAGAGGACCAGUAAUGAUCCAAAGAAGGAAGAUGUAGAAAAGUUUCUCGCUGAAAAUUUUGAUCCCAUAGAUUCGGAAUUUGAGGCGUGGACCCCAAGUGACUGGAAGUCAGAGCCAAGCUUCAUCCACACUAUUUAUGACCAGUCCCUGAGAAAGUGGGCCCAAAGCGUGAAUGGAAUCUGGAAGUCUUUGGGCCGCAAGGUGUCCACUGAUGUGAGGGAUAAUGCCAGCCAGUACUCACAGAUUUAUGUGCCCAAGCCCUUUGUUGUCCCAGGCGGAAGAUUUACUGAACUAUACUACUGGGAUUCCUACUGGAUUGUGGAGGGGUUGCUGCUGUCAGAGAUGGUAGAAACAGCCAAAGGAAUGAUUGAGAACUUCCUGUACCUGGUUAGCAAGUAUGGUUAUGUGCCUAAUGGCACGAGAAAGUACUACCUUGGGAGGUCGCAGCCUCCUUUUUUGAUUCCUAUGAUGGACCUGUACUGGAAGAGAACCAGAGACAUAAAAUUCUUGAAGGAAUCACUUGGUAUACUGGAAAAGGAAUACAGCUUCUGGCAGGAGAAUCGCUCUGUUACAGUCACAAUGGAUGACCGAGCUUAUAGACUCUACCAGUACCGUGUCAACACCACCUUUGCCCGGCCAGAGUCAUACGUCGAAGAUGAAGAACUCGCCAAGGGCACUUCUGACAAAGAGAAGCUCAGAAUAUACUCUGGCCUGAAAUCAGCAGCUGAGAGUGGGUGGGACUUUUCCUCCCGUUGGUUCCUGGCCAAUGGGAAACGUAGCAAAAACCUCCAAGAUAUCAACCCAAUGAUAAUUGCUCCAGUAUGCCUCAACAGCCUCAUGGGCCUCAAUGCACGGCUACUCUCUGAGUUUCACGAGGUGCUCGGCAAUGAAGUGCAGCGCGACAUGUAUCGCAAACACGCCGAUGAGAGCAACAUUACUAUGAGCCGUGUGUUCUGGAGUGACCGUGACGGGAUUUGGCUGGACUUCAACCUGGAGGCCGGUGAACUCAUCCCAGGGUUCUAUCCGUCCAACCUCAUGCCUCUGUGGACCGAGUCUUAUGGCAAGGAGAGGUCGCCUGAGUUUGUCAUUGAGCAGGCCAUUGCAUACCUUGAGCGGCACAACAUCACCGCAUAUCCUGGCGGCAUCCCAACCUCCCUGAUAAGUACUGGGCAGCAGUGGGACCUGCCACUGGGCUGGGCACCGCUGCAGUAUAUGGUGGUGCUGGGACUGGAGAAGGCUGGGAAAUAUAACACAGAGGCAACUGACCUGGCCCUGGCUAUUGCUAAACAGUGGGUGCUCAACGUUUACCAAUCGUAUCAUAACUUGACGCCCCACGCCAUACUGGAGAAGUACAAUGUGGUGGAUGUUGAAGGAGGUGCAUCUCAUGCCGGAGAGUACAAGACACAGGAGGGCUUCGGAUGGACCAAUGCCGUGAUCCUUAAGUUCCUGAGCAUGUACGGCCACCAGAUCAGGACGCGGGAUGUGUACGACCCUGUUCCACUCUCUCUGGGACUCCUGCUGAUGGUAGUGUGUGCUGUAUCUGUCAUGAGCUAUGUUCGUCGGGUGCACACCUGUGGAAAGCUUUUACGGGAUAUUGAGAGUCCCUCCUAAGAGCAGCAGGCCAGAGCAUUGCACAGGCUGCCUCUUUACUAUGCUUGUGCUUCCACUGUAUUUAGUAGCUACUUAUUUUUUUCUUCUACACGUUCAGUUUUGUGUUGCUGUAGCAGGUUGCCAUUGAAUUUUGGUAGAAAUGACAUUUGCAAGUAUGUUUAUGUUCAAAAGUGUGUUGCUUUAUCUGUUCUUUUGUAACAAUCCAUUUGUUUCGUUACAAUGUUCAUGUUUUGUCCUGUUAUUUAUCAUUAUAGUAUUUAUUACUUAUUGAUAUUAUCAGGAGCCAUUUUAAGUAUGAUGCUUGUGUACAUUUUAAAGAAUCCUGCUGUUUUAUUUAUAUUGAUAGAUUCAGUCUUAGUUAUUCAUAUGUGCAUGGAAUGUCUUCUCUCUGUGAUUUGAUUUUGGUCCUCUUGGUCUUGGUCAUGUUUCAUUAGCAAUGCAUGGUAGUGAUCUGCAUUGCACCAGCCUGCUGACUGUGCUGUGCUUUGGCAGCAGUGAGGUGACUCAUAAAUAUGCUGUUCAUCAGCCAGUAAAUACAGCACAUAAUAGUGAGGAUAGAUACUGAGGUGGUAAUGUUUACUACCAUCACUGGUUGUCACUGUACCGUCUUACCAUUCCACUUCCCGUAUCUGGUGAGCUGCCUGACUGUACACCCUUAGAGAUACUGUGUGAUAGGGCAUAGUGAGCCUCCCUCACUGUGAAGGAAGUGUUUUCUGUUCACCUGCACACUUUCUUCCUAGACUUCUUCAGUUUGGAAUGUUUUGUUAAAAGAUUAGGAAGCUCCCUCAUGCUUGAAGGUAACCAUUCAGUACAAGGCACACAGAGGCUUAGCCCUGCUGACUCUCUGCUGUACUUCCGUCCACACUGUCCAGUUACUUGUCAAUGCACACUAUGUACAGUUAGCUACAUUCCUCAAAACUGCAAAUAGACAUAAUAUAAAGCCUUAGACUAGUACAAAUGCUAAAACAAAGAGUAUAAUAUAUAUUGAUUACAUAUAGAUUUAUAUAUUCCAGCCUGAUAUAGAGAUAGUAUGUAGUGUAAGUUUAAAUGUUAUGGUGAUCAUUAAUGGUUGAUAAGUUGUUUAUACAUAUCUUGUUAGUUGUAUGAACCAUGUGGAAAACAUCUCGUUAGUGGAAAACACCAGUAGAGUUAGGUAAUAUAUUUACAUUUACAUAAUAGUAUGUUGAUUCUAUUGCAAGUUUCUGGACUACCUCAGCUGGUUUAGUCUAUUGCUUCUGGCUUGUCAUAAUUCCUCAUCACUUCUUUCCCUUUUUCACUUCCAUUUCUCGGCUCUUUUAGAUUUGCUUGGUAGUUGAUAUCUUUCAUUGACAUCACAUUCUAUCUUGAUUGGCUAAAAUCCUACUGAUAUAAUCCAACUUAUACCUUACAGGGUGCCAGAGAGUCAUCAAUAGGUUUGGUGCUGUCAUUUUGUAGUUAAUUGAAUUUUACAGGCUUAUACGUAAUGGUGUAUCGACUCAGCACGUGUAUUUUUUUUCUCACUUUUUUUCCACAUUGCACAAAAUAUGUUGAAGACUUACUUUGGCUAUUGUAGUAGAGACACUUAAAAAUCUCAGGUAAUGAAAGAUAGUUUGGUUCAAAGGUGAUGAUACUAAGUAGUACACUUCUUGCCAGGACAAGGAAUGGAACAGUGAAAGCUGCUGCCUUGUAGAUGUUGUAUUCAGGCUUGUGUUUAAAGACAUUAGUUAGCUAGUGGCUUGAGGGAAGUUUGUUAGAAGUUUCCAUUUAUCACAAAGAAGGGUGUAAGUUGUGAGUUGUUUGUUGUGAUAUCUAGAACUAAGGUACAUAUCCUGAGGUACUUAAGGGAUUAGGUCAAAGGUUAAAGAUUUACAGAUGAGUGGCAUUAAAGGAGAUAAUUUUAAUGUGAUGGUUGUAAGGCUAAGGGGAGAUCAUGAAUGGGAUGGAUGGACAGUGAGAAGAGAGCCUUGGGUAAGUGAUGUAAAGCUUGAAGUGAGCUUAGCUUGGAUCUGGCUUGAUCAGGUGGGCAAGUUCAGAUGAUGAGUCUGUCACUGGAGGAGGAAUAAACUAUCUCAUCUGUCACUUCCUUCCCCAUGUGUAGUACAGCUGAACCUUGUGCAUUGUGAUGGCAAGGACUGCUUGUUGUUGAGGCAUAGACUGAUGUAUGAGAGAGUGCUUGUGAAUACAGUUGUGGUUGUGGUUGUUAAUGUGUAUGAUGGUAUCAUGAGCUGGCAACUCCCCCCUGGGAAUUAAUGUUAGCCUGGUGUGUGGAGGAAUAGGAUGGACAAGAUGCUGGGUGGGCUCUUGAUACGAAGAUUUGGGACGAGUUUAAAAAGCUGUUGUGAUUUGUUGAUAAUGUUGUUGGAAAUUAGUUAGGCUGUAAACUCAAGACUGCUUGCCUGAGUCUGGUUAACAGUUUGAGUUGCAUAAUCAAAUUGACGUGUUAGAUUUUUAUGUUGAAUUUAAAGUACUAUUAUAAUUGCCAUAUUUAUAAUGUUCCCACAUGAAUGAAAUAGUGCUUCCAUUAUGAGCCAUCUAGUUGUCACCAUGAUCACUGUAUUGAAAGGCCCUGUAUGUGCUUGUAUGUUAGCUGUGUUCACCCAGUGCUGGCUUCCAAGACUGCACAUGGUCUCCGACAUUCGCUGUGCUUGCCACAAGUGAACCUUUUUGGUGAUGACUUUUAUAGCUUAUAUCUUUAUCAUAAACAGCACAUAAUAGGAAUUGCAAUUAAUGUAAUUAUGAUUUUCAUAUGUAGCGAUUGAUGGUGGUGAUGAACUCUAAUCUGUAGGUUAGUUUGGAUGUACAAAAGCUUUAUUGAAACAGAUAACAAAGAUAAUUUUCAAGAUCUGUUUCCGAAAUCAUUUUGAGAAAUGGAAGUAAGAAGUCCAUAUGCAGGAUGAAAAUUAAAUGGGUGCAAGUAAUGUUAAAUAUUUCAUGUAACCAACAUGUUGAGCAAUGAAUUAAAUGUGAUGCUGGUGAUGAAUGAUCUGCAAGUUUAUGUGAUGUUGUAUGUGUUCAUAGUGUGUUGGUGAACUGGUCUGAUACAUUCCCAGAAUCAAGGCACAACUAAUGUACUACCAAACUGUAACCAUGAAAAGUGAAUAGGGCAACAAACUUCAUAUCUCUGCUGUCCAGAUGUGUUUGUGUGCCUGUACGUGUGUGUAUGCCUGUGCAUGCACAUGUUUGCGUGUGCAUGCGUGUAUGCAGGGACUGUAUUGGCACCAAGGUCCAUAUUUUGCAACACUUGUCUCCCACACCUCUGCUUCAUUUAAAAAGCUUUAGUUUUAAGUGACAUCUUUAUGGUUCUAGCAACAGAUUAACAAGAUUUCUAUGGUAUUAACAGGAAAAAAUAAACACUCUUGAGAACCUGGCUCAUCAUCUUUGUGUUCUUUGAAAACAGAUGUAAUGUGAGAGCAAAAUGUUUCAGAAUAUGGCUCAAAGAAUGGCACUAAAUCUUAUGACAAAGGAAACGGUUGACAUUGGUAUGAUCUCAUCCAUGAAAAUUAGUGCAGUGCCUUGCUGUCCAUCCAUUCCUCAUUAAGAAAUAUUUAUAUCAUGUAGCUUGAUGUAAAGUUUGGCUGUACAUGUAUUAGAUUUGUGGGAAAGAAAGGAACUUGUAACUUCAGACAUUCACCAUGAGUUCUUGCCAGUCAGUAGUGUAUGGUCAUGUGCUGAAGCUGAGUAACACACCACACUCCUUUCCUGUGUAUUGAGCCUUCCAUCAGUCUUCAGGUUGAUGUGCUAACAAUGCAUCAGCAGCAGGUGUUAUGAGGAGGAAUCAAGAGGGGGAACACUUGAUACUGCGGGAGUGUGUGUGGGGCGUUACUCUUCUCUCAGCCAUGGUUGUGCCUUUGUUAUAAAUCUUGUAUGCCAGUUAUUUGUUCAUUGUAUCUUUAAAGAGUCUGCCCAUUGCCUUGUUCCUGUUAUUUAUUUAUUUAAAGAAUAUAGAGUGCAUGAUAAGAAUUUAAGUAGAAUGUAGCUGGUUUUUCCUGACAACAUUCAUAUCUAUUUCUUGGUGGAGGUGGAAGAUAUUACAUAUUUGAAUUUGAAAGAAUGAAUUGGGCAGUACAUUUGUUUAAGGUAGAAUUGUUUGAUAAUGUUCAAAUGUGAAGAGUCCAAAUUUAGGUGGUAGUUUGCAGCAUCUGUAGUAUACAUUUUUGUUAUAUAUUAUACUUGCCAUUUAUAUUUUUAAAAUUUUUGUUUUUCUUC